AUGGAUGACCUGCCACCAGCUGUGGUAUUAGACAAUGGCUCAGGUCUGCUCAAGGCCGGUGUUGCUGGGGACAGGGAACCACGUGUCAUCUUUACCAACCUGAUAGGACGCGCCAAGGCCAAGUCCGUGAUGCUAGGUGCUGGCCAGAAGGACUUCUACAUUGGAGAUGAAGCUCAAGCCAAACGAGGGAUCCUCUCCCUCAGAUAUCCAGUUGAACAUGGAAUCGUUACCUCCUGGCCAGACAUGGAGAAAAUAUGGAAACACACUUAUGACAAUGAACUGAAGUUAAACUCCUGCACAAGACCUGCACUGAUAACUGAGGCACCACUCAACCCACUGGCCAAUCGUGAGCAAAUGACAAGGUUGCUUUUUGAAAAAUUUGAGGUUCCAGCCCUUUACGUGGCCAUCCAAGCUGUGUUGGCUCUCUACGCUGCAGGCCUCACUACAGGUUGCGUGAUGGAUUCAGGUGACGGUGUUACCCAUACCGUCCCGAUCUUUGAGGGUUACUGCUUACCUCACGCAGUUCUCCGUCUUGACCUGGCAGGCCGGGAUCUUACAGAAUACCUCAUGAGGAUCCUGAGGGAAAGUGGCAUUGCUUUAGUGAGCACAGCUGAGAGGGAAAUUGUGCGGAUCAUCAAGGAGGCCUUGUGCUAUGUAUGCUUAAACCCUGAAGAAGAGAUGGCCAAAAAACCUACUGCAAUAGAAAAAACUUGGAAAUUACCUGAUGGGCAGAUCAUUAAGAUUCACAACCAAUUGUUUCGCUGCCCAGAGACUCUCUUUCGUCCAUCUAAUGUUGGCAUGGAGGCCCCAGGAAUCGAUAAGCUUCUAUUCAACACCAUCAUGAAAUGUGACAUUGACUUGAGGAGCACUUUGUAUGUCAAUGUGCUGCUUUCUGGUGGUUCCAGUCUUUUUCCUGGUAUGGCUGAACGCUUGACUAAGGAGCUGAUCCGCAUGGCUCCCAAGGAUACUGAAGUGUUAGUCCAGGCGCCUCCGGACAGGAAGAUCUCUGUUUGGAUGGGAGGAUCCAUUCUUGCUUCUCUAUCUGCCUUCCAGGAGAUGUGGAUUUCCAGGGAAGAAUAUGCUGAGGUCGGGCCCAAUAUAGUACACAGGAAGUGCUUCUAG